ACACGGGCAGUCCUUUGGCUUGGCUAGACGUGUAAGAACGAGGAAGUACUCGCAUCUUGAAAAAGUUAUUUGGAGUGUGUGUGUGUGUGUAUCACUUGAAGACAAAUAUUAUUUUUCUUACCGGAGACAUGGCAGAAGCAGACAUUGCGUUGAUUGGUUUGGCUGUGAUGGGACAAAACAUCAUCCUGAAUAUGAAUGAUCAUGGCUUUGUGGUCUGUGCCUACAACCGCACUGUCUCCAAAGUGCACGAUUUUCUGGCCAAUGAGGCGAAAGGCACUAAAAUAAUAGGAGCUGAGUCCUUGGAGGACAUGGUGGCCAAGCUGAAGAAGCCCAGAAGGAUAUUGAUGCUUGUCAAAGCUGGCCAGGCAGUUGACGACUUCAUCGAUAAGCUGGUCCCUCUUCUGGAGGCUGGGGACAUUAUCAUUGAUGGCGGCAAUUCCGAAUAUAGAGACACAACACGGCGUUGCAGGAGUCUGAAGGAGCGUGACCUGUUGUUUGUGGGCAGUGGCGUCAGCGGAGGAGAAGAUGGUGCUCGCUACGGACCCUCGCUGAUGCCAGGCGGACACAAAGAGGCCUGGCCACAUAUAAAGGACAUUUUUCAAAGCAUUGCUGCCAAAGUUGGAACAGGAGAACCAUGCUGUGACUGGGUCGGUGAUGAGGGUGCAGGCCAUUUUGUAAAGAUGGUCCAUAAUGGGAUUGAGUACGGGGACAUGCAGCUGAUCUGUGAGGCCUACCACCUUAUGAAGGAUGUCCUGGGUAUGGACCAUGAUGAGAUGGCACAGGCUUUUGAUAACUGGAACAAGACAGAAUUGGACUCCUUUCUUAUUGAGAUCACAGCUGGCAUCCUGAAGUUCAGGGAUGCCGAUGGUACUCACCUGUUGCCUAAAAUCCGCGAUGCUGCUGGGCAGAAAGGCACAGGGAAGUGGACAGCCAUUUCAGCUCUAGAGUACGGCUCACCAGUAACCCUGAUCGGAGAAGCUGUCUUUGCCAGAUGUCUGUCAGCCCUGAAGGAUGAGAGAAUGAAGGCCAGCAGGAGCCUUGGUGGGCCCCAGGGAGCCAAGUUCAACGGGGACAAGACCUCGUUCCUCGAGGACAUCCGAAAGGCCCUCUAUGCCUCCAAGAUCAUCUCAUACGCUCAGGGCUUCAUGCUUCUCAGACAGGCAGCAAAAGAGUUUGGCUGGUCUCUGAACUAUGGGGCCAUUGCCCUGAUGUGGAGAGGAGGCUGCAUCAUCCGGAGUGUUUUCCUAGGGAAGAUUAAAGAGGCCUUUGACAGGGACGCUGAGCUGCAGAAUCUGCUGUUAGAUAACUUCUUCAGUAAUGCAAUUCAGGACUGCCAGGACUCGUGGCGGCGGACGGUCAGCGUUGGGGUGCAGCAGGGGAUCCCCAUGCCCUGUUUCACUACCGCCCUGUCCUUCUACGAUGGCUACCGACACGACAUGCUCCCGGCUAACCUCCUCCAGGCCCAGAGAGACUACUUCGGAGCGCAUACCUAUGAACUUCUGUCCAACCCUGGCAAGUAUGUCCACACCAACUGGACAGGCCACGGUGGCAAUGUUUCUUCUUCCUCCUACAAUGCUUAGAGAGCAAUGCAGUGGCAUCGGCUAUCAAGUCACGAAGAUUUGUUACACAUUCUGUCUCUAAAGUCAAGCCUAAAUAUUUAAAGACCCCCUUCUUUUCAAUCUGAUACAUAUUGUACCUGAAGUUCUGUUUAUGUUGAAGUGUUAUAUUGAAUAAUUGUUUGUAAACCCAUCCGUAUGAGAUUGGUGGUACAGUUCGUAUUAUUGUAGCCUACUGACACAGACACACAGCAGAGGCUAGUCAAGGGUUUCACCCCUCAGCCUAAACUGCAAACGGUUCUCUACUUUUCCUAUUGUGUGCAUCC